GCUCGGGCCCGCCCCCACCUGCGCGGGCCCGCCCCGCACCGCGGCCCCCCCGCACCUGCGGAGCGGCUCCGGCCAUGGGCGCGCUGCGGCGGGCGGCGCUGGCGCUGGCGGCGCUGCUGGGUGUCUCCUUGGCCGUGCUGGAGGUGCACGUGGGGACGAGCCUGGUGCUGUCUGUGGAGGGGCAGCAGGCGGUGCUGCCUGCCUGGUACACCAGCCACUCCCAGAACGAGCCCUACGUCACCUGGAUGCUGAACAAGAAUCCUGGUCCCUUCCAGAUCCUGUCCUACAUAGGCGGGGUGGUGAAGGUGGAAGAGACAGAUCUGAAGCCCCGCGUGGGGUUCCUGCACCCCAUCUUCACCCACAACAUCUCGGUGUUCAUCAACGCCACGCGGGAGGAGGACUCGGGUCAGUACAUGUGCACCGUCAACGUGGUGGAUGACUCCAUCAAGCUGCACAAGAACAUCGGCCUCAUCAACCUCACCGUCCUGGUGCCGCCGGCCGCGCCCACCUGCCAACUGCACGGCAACGCCGUCGUGGGGGCCAACGUGACCCUGAGCUGCUCCUCCAGGAAGGGCAAACCCUCGCCCAUGUACCAGUGGCAGCGCCAGCCGCCCACCCUGCAGGUCUUCUUCCCCCCUGCCCAGGACCGGGUCAAGGGCACCCUCAAGCUGACCAACCUCUCCCUGGAAAUGUCGGGGGUCUACGUGUGCAGGGCUGAAAACCAAGCGGGUUCUAAGAACUGCAGCAUUGUCCUGGAGGUACACUCAACGAGCACCAAAGCAGUGAUUGCCGGCGCCGUGCUGGGCUCCCUGGGUGCCCUGGCCACCAUCAUCUUCUUCGCCCAGAAGCUCGUUGGCUACAGGAGGAAAAAGCGUGACAGCCAGGAGGAGGGACCCAACGAGAUCAAGGAAGACGCCGUGGCACCCAAAACCCCAUCGUGGGCAAGGAGACCAGCCUCGGACACCAUGUCCAAAACCAGCACCCUGUCCUCCCUGGCCGGCAGCCGCCAAACCUACGGGGCCAGAGCCCCCUCGGACACCGCCUCCAUCCUCACCACCACCGGCAGCUACCGGGGACCCCCUCCCCGGCCCGGGGGGCGGCCCCCCAGCCUGUCCCCCCCCGCCGUUAACGGGACCUCCCGGCGCCGCCAGGACCCCCCCGCCGCUCCCGGGGGCUCCGUGCCCCCCUCCAGCCUGGCACGGACCGGCGCCGUCCCCGUCAUGGUGCCAGCGCAGAGCCGGGCCGGCUCCUUGGUCUGAGCCCACCCCACCAAACUGGGGUGCCCAUGGCACCAUGGGGUGGCUUUUGUCCCUUUUUGGGUUUUUUUUGCUUUUUAACAGAUGCCUCGAGCAGCUGGACUCAUCGUGGGUGUGUUUAAUGGGUGCAGCGGCUCUCUGGGUUUGGAGGGACCGAGUCUCCCCAUAAAUAUCACCCCCCAAACCAGCCCCAGCCCUGCCUCAGGGGGUCCCCUUCUUAUUUUUUUUUUCUAUAUCUAUAUAUCAGGUGAAAUGAGGGAUUUUUCAUAAAAGAGCAUUUUAAGUUGGGUGGGGAGGGUGGUGACAGUGACACACACACACACACACACACACACACACAGAGACACACACACUCUUUUUUUAGGGGUUUUCUGAUUAAAAGUUGCAGCACUGCCCAGCACCGGUGCUUUGGGUGAGUUUGUGUGGAUUUCAAGGUGGGGAGGGAUGUCCCACAACCUUCUGGCUGAUGUCACAGUGCCCCAGCCAAGGUCCUCAGGGUGAGGUGACAUCAUGAUGCACGUGUUGUCACACCUGUGACCGUGAUGUCACUCCCCGUGUCAGGAGGUGUGAUGAUGCAAUGAGUGUGUGACAUCACUGCGUCUGCCUGACGCCUGCAUGGUGCCAUACAGGCAUGUCCCAUGUCCAGUGGGAUGUCAUGUGUGCCUGCAUCGUGUCACAUCAUCACACGGCAGCGCUGAUGUGACACGUGCCUGUAUGAUGUCCCCCCAUGGUCAUGCCUGGCAGUGAUGUCACACACAGUGGAAUGAUGUCACUCCAGCCAUCACACACACCUGUAUGAUGUCACACAUCCAGCAGUGAUGUCACACACACCUGUAUGGUGUCACACAUCCAGCAGUGACAUCACACACACCUUUAUGGUGUCACACAUCCAGAAAUGAUGUCACACACACCUGUAUGGUGUCACACAUCCAGCAGUGACGUCACACACACCUUUAUGAUGUCACACAUCCAGAAAUGAUGUCACACACACCUUUAUGGUGUCACACAUCCAGCAGUGAUGUCACACACACCUGCACGGUGUCACACAUCCAGCAGUGAUGUCACACACACCUUUAUGGUGUCACAGCAGCUGUCACUUGUCCAGUAGUGACACCAUGCCAGCACCAGUCAUGUCCCAGCCAUGAGUGAUGUCCCACCACACCCUGAGCACCAGUGUGACAUCGUGCCAGCUGUCACACGCGUGGCAGUGCUGUCACACGUGUGGCAGGGAUGUCACACGUGCCUGUAGGAUGCUGCACGCUCCCAUGGGAGAUCACUGCCGGGC